AUUUCCUGCUGUCCUGAAUCUUGCUUCUAAUGCACUCAUCACAACCAAUGCAACAUGUGGGGAGAAAGGACCCGAAAUGUACUGUAAGUUGGUGGAGCAUGUCCCUGGGCAGCCUGUAAGGAAUCCUCAGUGUCGAAUCUGCAAUCAAAACAGCAGCCACCCGCACCAGAGACAUCCGAUCACAAAUGCUAUCGAUGGCAAGAACACAUGGUGGCAGAGUCCCAGUAUCAAGAAUGGAGUGGAAUACCAUUAUGUGACAAUUACUCUGGACUUACAGCAGGUGUUCCAGAUUGCCUAUGUGAUCGUGAAAGCAGCCAACUCCCCUCGGCCCGGAAACUGGAUUUUGGAACGUUCCCUGGAUGACGUGGAGUACAAACCCUGGCAGUAUCAUGCAGUGACAGACACCGAGUGCCUGACCCUCUACAAUAUCUAUCCCCGCACUGGGCCACCAUCCUAUGCAAAAGAUGAUGAGGUCAUCUGCACUUCGUUUUAUUCCAAGAUCCAUCCUCUAGAAAAUGGAGAGAUCCACAUUUCUUUGAUUAAUGGGAGACCAAGUGCUGAUGAUCCAUCCCCUGAGCUCCUGGAAUUCACCUCUGCUCGCUAUAUUCGCCUGAGGUUCCAGCGGAUCCGUACCUUGAAUGCUGACUUGAUGAUGUUUGCUCACAAAGACCCCAGAGAAAUAGACCCCAUUGUCACAAGAAGAUAUUACUACUCCGUCAAGGAUAUUUCAGUUGGUGGGAUGUGCAUCUGUUACGGUCAUGCCCGGGCUUGUCCGCUUGAUCCGGCAACAAAUAAAUCGCGUUGUGAGUGUGAGCACAAUACCUGCGGGGCAAGCUGCGACCGCUGCUGCCCGGGAUUCCAUCAGAAGCCCUGGAGAGCUGGGACUUUCCUUACCAGGACUGAGUGUGAAGAGAUAUUUGCAGAGUCUGAAUUAGCACUCUCAGUCCAGAUAAUCUCUUACACCCCCAAAAUAGCCUUUAAACACUCAUCGCCCAAUACGAGAGCCCAGUCAAAGACAGACAUUGUGGGAAAGCAGUCCAAGACUGGAGUCAUGCAAGGAUUCUCAUUGCUUUUGAAAAAACAAGAUGAGAGUCUUGUGACUUCAGAGUCUUCAAAACACAGAAUUGUUCUUGGAAUAUGUUUUCGUGCUUCUCCUCGAUGUAGUGAAUAG